AAUUGUCUUUAGAGAAUACUCGGACACGUAUGACGUAACCAUAUCGCCUGAAUGUAAACAACCUCAACCGCGCUAUAAAGUCGGUCUAGAAUCGUGUCUAAGAUUAGCAUUUCGUGCUUCAAAGAUUAAUUGAGCAGGAUUUGUUGAUGGGUUGCUAAUAAGAGGUUAGUAAGAUGACUGCAGUUCCUUGUUUUGAAAGUUUAUUUUCAAACUUAAUCAAGAACCUAAAAGAAAAUGAUCAAGUUAUUGAAGUCAGUAGUCAUUUUGGUCCUAAUCAUAGCUUAGAGAGCAUGUUCAGUUAUCUUUGGAAUUUGGAUGAAGCUCGGUCAUGCUUACUGCCAACCAUCAUUGUUCAGAAAAAAUCUGAAGAAGAUGCAGAACGGCUGCGUAAUGAAGGCAACAAAUGUUACCAGAAGAAGAUACUAGAUAAAGCACUGAAGCUAUAUAACUUAAGUAUCAUGUCAGCACCUCAUCCAGGCCUUUCUGUUUGCAAGCCAUGUGGAGCUACCAAAGAUUAUAAUUCCCACGAAGGUCAAGAGAAUCAUAAUGAAGAGCAAGAGUAUAGAUCAUUAGCACUUGGAUAUGCAAAUAGGUCUGCUGUUUUCUUUGAGUUAGGACAAUAUGAUAAAUGUAUUGCUGACAUUGAUUUAGCAUUCUUACAUGGCUAUCCAAAGUUGUUGCAUUGCAAACUUGCUGAAAGAAAGUCAAAAUGCUUGAUUUCUCUUGGCAAAAGUGAAAAUGCUAAACAAGUACUCCUUGAUGCACUCAAGGAAUUAGAUGACAUGAAACUAGAUGAAUCAAAGAGCAAGACUUCACGUAAUGCAUUACAUAAUUUGCUUGAAGCAUGCCAGGAAAAUGGAGAACUAAAUGGCUUUCCAGUGAAAGACUGUAACAAAUUGGCUUCAUGGCUGAGAGAAGCUACAAAAGAAGAACUGUUAUUUGCUUAUCAAAUACCUGAGGUUCCUUCACUCUCACAGAGUAAUCCAGCAAUUCCAUGUCUCAGUGAUGCUGUCAAGCUUGAUUUUUCACCUUCACAAGGGCGAUACCUUAUAGCUGAAAGAGAUAUAGAUCCAGGUGAAGUCUUGGUAGUAGAAAAACCAUAUGGCCAUGUUUUGCACUUGGAUUCAUCUCUACGAACACAUUGCUGUGUCUGCUUUAAUAGGUGUCUCAGUCCACUGCCAUGCCCUUCAUGUUCAAGAGUAAUUUUUUGUAGUUCUUCUUGCCGCAACAUAGGGCUUUCCUCCAAUCAUAAUAAAGAAUGCUGUGUUUUACCUACAUUAGCAGCUCUUGAUAUGGGAAAAAAUGCUGUCUUAGCAUACAGAAUACUAAUUCAAAUUCCAUUCAUGCAGUUGAAAAAGUUAGUUCCUUUGUAUAUGCAAGAAUCUGUUGAAUUUUCUCCUGAUAAGUUAGGCUUUAAUAAUGCAGCCAAACCAAUUUAUGAUUCAUCAGACUAUAGGACUAUAUACCACUUAGUGACAAACAAAAAUCAGAGAUCAGUUAGUGACUUGUUCAAGAGAUGUUCCAUGGCCAUAAUCCUUUCAUGGAUAUUAAAGGAAAGCCAGUCCUACUUUGUUGACAGCUUAAGUGAACCAUAUGAACCAAGCAUGGAUGACAUUAAGAUAGCUGGAUGUACUCUUUUCACACAUCUGAUGAGUUUUCCAUGUAAUGCUCAUUCCAUUACAGAAUUGCAGGUUGAUGUGAGCAAUUUUCAAAAGAGUUCAAGUCAAGAGAUUGGGGCUGGUGCCUUUGGUGUCCUAAGCUUGACCAAUCAUUCUUGUAAUCCCUCAGCAGCUCGUUUCAGUUAUGGAAGCACUGUUAUUCUGAGAGCAAUACGAUUUAUUCCAAGAGGUGCAGAAGUAACAGACAGUUAUGGAGAACACUAUGGUUUAAAACCAUUAACUCAAAGAAGAUCUGUUCUGCAGCAGCAGUAUUAUUUUGAGUGCAAGUGUGAAGCGUGUGAAAACAAUUGGCCAACUUAUCUCAGUUUAUCUGACAAGUACAAACUGAAGUGUUUAAUGUGCAGUAAGAAAAUUGACAGUAAAGGUAAGUGUACUAAAUGCAAAGUAAGCUUUACAGAACUUUUGUCAAAAAAUGAAAUUGUUCCUUACAUGUGCAAUCAAAAGGAUGUUGAGAAAGCAGUAGAAGAAGGUGUCACAAAUUAUGAAAGUGCCUAUGAGAAGAUUAUAAGUGGGGACAAUUCUUCAGAAAUGAAAGACAGUUUGUGCAAUAUUAUUAGCUUAAUUGAUAAAUUUGUAAGUCAGCCUUGUAAAACAUAUUUUGAAGCCCAGGAAACAUUAAAACAUUACUUUGAGAGGCAAGGAUCUUGUGUAUUCAGGAAAGAGGUAUAAUAACUGUAUCCCUGUUUAGUAAUGCUAUUGUAUUUUAUCACACCAAGUAUUGUGAGAAAACCAUUUAUGGUAUUUCUGCAACUAUGCAAAUACUUUACUAUACUUAACCUUUUACAAAGCACUGUUGGUGUAAAUUAUAUUUUGUGAAUGGGAAAUUAUAUCAAAGGCAGAUAAACACAGUACUUUUAAGGGGAAAUGCUGGAAAUUUAACUGAUUCUAUAUCAGUAAAGUGACUUGUUUUGUUUCAGCUAGAACAGAUUUUCUUCAAUAUCCCUAUCCUUUGAAAAUUAAAAAUUACUUUUUA